GCCGGGCCCGGUCGUGGCGCUGGGGGUGGCGCGGGGCAUUGGGAGGGUCUCGUCUGUGUGUGGGAUGGCUCCCCUCGCCGCGCUCCCCGAGAUUUUCAGCUGAAUUCUCACCUAUCAACACUGGCAAAUAUUCACAAGAUUUACCACACUCUCAAUAGGCUGAAUCUGACGGAGGACGUUGGCCAAGACGAUUGCCAGACAGGAGAGAGACUUUCAAAGAUACGAAGAAUAGGAAGUCUCCGGUCUUGCAGUUCAUCAGACUGCUUUAGUAAAGUGAUGCCUCCAAGGAAAAAGAGGAGACCUGCAGCAGGAGAUGAUUUAUCUGCUAAGAAAAGUAGACAUGAUGGAAUGUAUAGAAAAUAUGAUUCCACUAGAAUAAAAGCAGAAGAGGAAGUCUUUUCGAGUAAAAGAUGCUUAGAAUGGUUCUAUGAAUAUGCAGGCACUGAUGACAUUGUAGGGCCAGAAGGUAUGGAGAAAUUCUGUGAGGACAUUGGAGUUGAACCAGAAAACGUAGUAAUGCUUGUAUUAGCAUGGAAGUUGGAUGCACAAAACAUGGGCUACUUCACAUUACAAGAAUGGUUAAAAGGAAUGACAUCAUUACAAUGUGAUACUACAGAAAAAUUGAGAAAUUCUCUGGAUUGCUUGAGAUCUUUAUUAAAUGAGCCUACCAAUUUUAAACUUAUUUAUAGAUAUGCAUUUGACUUUGCACGGGAAAAGGACCAGCGCAGCCUAGACAUAAAUACUGCCAAAUGUAUGUUAGGCCUUCUUUUAGGAAAAACAUGGUCUCUUUUUCCAGUAUUUCAUCAGUUUCUAGAGCAGCAAUCAAAAUACAAAGUUAUCAAUAAGGACCAAUGGUGUAACGUUCUUGAAUUCAGCAGAACAAUCAACCUUGACCUCAGUAAUUAUGAUGAAGAUGGAGCCUGGCCAGUAUUGUUGGAUGAGUUUGUGGAAUGGUAUAAAGGAAAGCAAAUGACGUAGGAGUUCAACUAUGCACAGCCACUCAAGAGUCACUGUUACCACAGUUAUGUCAACCAUUAGCCAUAAACUGCUAUUUGUAUCAAAGUGCAUGCUGCUUUUCUUGCACUGCGUUCCUUUUGCAGGGAACUUUUGGUGUUUGCCAUUUAACAAGCUAGCUAUGCUUGCUGUGUAGCAUUGUUCUCUUUGAAGGCUGCUUUGCAUUUUGUAUUUACACUACAAAUUGGUGGACUUGCCAGCGUCUUCACUGUGAUUAUGUGUAUAUUGCUGUCGAAAUUUUGUAUAUGUGUAUAAAAAAAAAAAAAGCUUCAACUAGGGAUUAUUUCUGCAGAAAUGUAUUGUUAAAAUAAUUUUGUGGCAUAUUUCUAGUCAUCACUUACAUGUUUGUUGAAACUUUAGUUAUUUUGCUUUUCUUUUGGUCUCAAAUGUAGCAUUUCAGAAAAUGGACAGACUGCUCGGACAUAGUUACGAUGAAGAACUAUUGUCAAUUUUAAUGUUACUAUUUGAGAUGCCAAUUUCUGAGGGGAGAAGACAUGCAGUGACUUUCUUAACGGAAAUUCGCCAAACUUGACCUAUUGCUUAAUAGGAAUGAAGCAUUGAUGUCUUAAAAACAACAAAAAUCAUAUAUAAAUAUUAAAUCACUGUAGUAGUUGUACAUGCCACAGUUUAUUUCCAUUUGAAGAAAAAGUACUGACUUUUUAAUGUUAAAACUGCAGUAGUCGUUACAGGUACAAUUGAACAAAUUAAAGUACCUUUUAAAAAAUGGGUUUUAGACUUUUGUAAAUUGCCUUUGGCAUACUCCUUUUAAUUUUUGUUGUACCAAGAGUGUUUGGAUUUUGUUGCAAUAUAGUGAAAGUUCUCGCUAAAAAUAGUGGUCUGGGGAAUAAAAUCUGCUUACCUCUAGCAAAUAGGUAAUAGAGAUUUCUCUUUUCUGAUUUGUAACGUUGGUCUUUCACAUGGUCUCUAACUUUAUGUUUCUGAGUAAUUAAACGUGUCGUCAAAAUGUUGCUUUUUCUUUCAUGCUGGGGAUUGGAAUUCCCUAGCAGGAUGUCCAUUGCAGGCAAUGGGCACGUUAAACACCAGUAUUAAAUGACUACUUUCUAUUAGGGACCACUUCCUAUUUCUCUGAUUUCUUUAUCUGUGUGGGACAGUUCUAGUGAUUACUUUGGCAAAAAUGACCGAGUGAGUGGGAUGAUGCUUAAUUGCUAUAUUUUUGUUGCCUUGUCUUUGCCUUACUCUUCUUUAUUAAAAAAAUGUCAGCGUUAACUUUUAUAGAUCAGUUCUUGAAGGAUCCGGUGCUAUUAAACUUCAUUUUCUAAGCAUUUAAUAAAAUGUUCCAUAUUAAUUCAUGGAACAUGUAACAUAAAAGGGCCAGUGGGCACUUCAAAACGAAGAACAGCAUUACUUUUCUGUAGAAAUAUUUAAUGAGGCAUUGGCAGUUUAGAUAUUUCUCAGAACGCAAGCCAGGGUAUGUGAGGGGAAGGGUGUGUUUUUAGGUUGAAUGUGAAAUUUUCAGCUGUCCCAUUCUGAUAUCACCAAAGUCAGGAACAACUGUCACUAACUCGGCUACUUUCAGGAUUAGUUCUGCAGAAGCAUAUUGGUUUACUGCCCUGGUCUGGGAUGUUGUACCUGUUGGUAUGGGUGGUUUAAUUGUGGUCAAAUCUGUGUUUAGUUGGUGGUUUUUGUUUGUCAGACUAAGCUGCCAAAGACAAAAAUUGUUCGUGUGUGUUUGUGUGUAUUUGUAUAUACAUAAGUAUACACUAUGUAUACAUAUACAAAACCUGGAAUUUCAUGAAGCUAAGAAGAAAGUACUACCAUUUCCAAUGAAAUAGUCACCUUUGGAUUUCCAUGACACUAAAUAAAUACAUAGCACCCUUUAAAGUUAGUAUUGGUGAAACAUACAUAGUCGUUGCUUUCUCCUUAUUAAUACACAUAAUCUUAAUUCCAUGUUUGAUGCCAAUUUUGCACAAGAAAUUAAUUCAGUGAAGUGUGGUAUUUAAUGUUUACAAUAAGCCUCUUACACAUUUUAAUAAGACUUCUGAUGUAAAUGUGUAUAUUAUCAUAGAAUAACUAUAAGUAAAUAUCAGUGGAACUGCUGAUUUAGUUCUUAAAGAAUGACUUUGGAAGCAAUAUAACUUGUAACAUCAGGCUACACUGUCUUUGCUAAAAUCUUAAGUGAAAUAUUGUAAUUUUCUUAAAUGUUAGGCUAGUUACUGACAAUAGAAUUUAGCACAAAUUAGCAUGAAUACUGCUAAAAUACAAGGUUUGCAUUAAAAGUUUUGUAUGUCACAAAAAUUUGGCUUCCAGUAAUGGAAGCAAGAGCCAAAGACACUUAAUCUAUUACUGUUACUGGUGUAAUUUUCACAUAACAGGGUCAGCAGAAAUCUGUUCAGCUUAACUGGGUGCUCUUUUUCAAGGUUUACGUAAUGUUUUGCAGGAUACAAAGUUUGAAAGCAAAGAAAAGAGAGAAAAAGAAACGUCAAAGUGCUCACUCUGUGUGAGUAAACUUUCCAUUUUCCUCUUUGGAUAAAAGUAAUUGGGAGCAAUGGAAAGGAAGAAUGUGUUUGGGAACAGAUUAGAUAUUGCCCAUUUUGUCUUCCAUUCACAGCCAAGAUGAAUUUGUGUUCAGUGACUGAUUUAUAAUGACCAUAAGUAAGGUAAACCACAAAUGCAAUUACAGCUUGUUGGCAACUUUACUAAAAUGUACAGGAAUGGAAAGAAAUGGUCUGAAAAAAAAAAAAAAAAAAAAAAAAAAGAAGGCCUAAUAACUAUCCCUGUUAUCCAUCCUUCUGUUUUUGCUGCAUUUUCUGACCCACAGAGAACCCCAACACUGCAAGGUAUUGCAUUUUGAAGGAAUUCUCUCAUAUUUAAAUAAUUGUAGAAACUUAACUGAGUUUGUUGAAGCUUAACUAAGCCACUCAAUUUACCUUGCUUUUAGUACGAGUUUGGUGUUUCCUUUUCAGUUCAGUAUAUUAUCAUACUGUUGAUGUACUUCCCCUCCGCCCUCUUUCCCCAUCCCAUGCACACUUUAGUAGUAUACAGAAUAUCCUAAUUUCAUGAGUACUGGGAGGUCUUUCUGGCAGAUGUGUUCACGGGUUGUGUGUUUAUCCUUUUGAUGUAGUAUAACUGCAUUUGUAGCAGAAACUUGAUGAUUGAUGUGCAGUUCAUGCCUGGUACUUGGAAGAUGUAAAAUGAAGAGACAGUUAAUUAAAGGAAACCAGAGACUAAGUAUUAGACAGGAGCUGAUAGGUAACAAACUUUUUAGAGCUCUUUACUGUCCAAAUAGCUGUAGAGAGUAUUAGUAACAAAUAUACAUAGAUUUAAUUUGAGGAACGUCUAAUCAUACAGCAAAAAUAUUGUAACUUAAAAUACUAAUUUUAAUUCUUAUUGAUUUUUUGUUGUUGUUGUUAGGUUUUGUUUUCAAGAAAGGCAAGUAGAGGAGGAUGGAAUUUCUUGAAAUGCUUUAUAUAUUUGAGCUUUCAGUUAAAGCUUGUUUAAGACUGUCUUUAAGCUAAAAUAAAUAUUUUAGUCACCUUUAUGUGGCCUUUUCUGACAUAUAUAGAGAACUGGAGGCAUCUCCCAUUUUAUCACAAUUAAACGCAUUUUAUUUUAACACAAAUAAUAUUUGCACAAUCAAAAUUGAUUUUAUCUCAUUGUUACUUGGUUAAUAUUCCUGAAUUACGUUUUCUGGAGGGAAAGAAAUGGAAUUAUGUAAAUGGGUUAUGUGAGAGUUCUCCUGGAUUUCUGUUGACCCUUAGUCACAAGUCUAACAAGUUGUUAAAUGCUCUUGAAAUUCAUAUAGACAGCUUUAAAGGUUACCAUGUGCCCUGCUUUUAAUUGUAAGUGCUAAAAUACCUCUUUAUAAGCCUUAUGUUUUACCCAUUCUAAUUGCUAUGUAAGUGUAUAGAACCCACUCACCAACUGAAUAGGUCAUUGUAACUGAGACCAAAAUAUGUUUUAUUUUUUUCCCCUCUCUAUAUAUGUGCGUGUGUGUGUAUGUAUGUGUGUUGUCACCAAGUAGUUCCUAAUGAAGCUGCUGUUGGAACAGCAGUUAACCUGUAACUGUGAAUGCUUUAUGUCUUAGUUAUUUGGGUAUUACAUGCAUAAGGUGUGCUAAACUCCUGUGACUUACAAACUGGUGGAAAUGCUGUUAUGCCACCUAACGAGUUCAUUUUUAGGACUUUCGCUGGUGUUGAUGUAAAAUGGAAUCCCACAAAUAAAGAGUAUUUGUGUUGGUUUCAGAAA